GAAGGAAGUUUGCUCCGUGGUACUGAACGAAACUUUUCCCCGGAGCUACAGUGGGAGAUCAGAACAAUCCUGGAGAAUUGUGUUGCUGGGAGAGUGAUCCAGUCGUGCAGGGAACCAUUGUUUUCCUCAGUCCGCCUGUGAGAUUGGUAGAGGACCGCAAAGGAUUUUUUCUCCCGUGUUCUAUCCCCCUACUCUAUCCGAGAUGGGGAAGGAGCAGGAACUCCUAGAGGCUGCGCGCACUGGAAAUCUUGCCGCUGUGGAAAAGCUUCUUUCUGGGAAACGACAAUCGACUGGAAGUGGCAGUGGAUCAUCGGGGACUGGUGGAAGCAGCAAUAUCAGUGGUCACAAUGCUUCUCACCCGCUGUCCAGCCUUCUCAGUAUCUGGAGGGGUCCUAAUGUAAACUGUGUGGACAGCACUGGAUAUACUCCUCUACACCACGCUGCCCUAAAUGGACACAGUGAGGUAGUGGAGGCGCUGCUACGUAACGAGGCCUUGACCAACAUCGCUGACAAUAAGGGCUGCUACCCCCUGCACCUGGCCGCAUGGAAGGGGGACCAAAGGAUCGUCAGGCUACUCAUUCACCAAGGCCCCUCACACCCCAAACUCAACGAGCAGAGCUCCUCUGUAGAGCACAAAGAUUUGAAACGCUGUGGGCCCUUUGACCUGCAUAUUAAUGCCAAGAACAACGACAACGAGACCCCCCUCCACUGUGCCGCCCAGUACGGCCACACCCAGGUGGUGCGUCUGCUGCUGGAGGAGCUGACCGACCCCACCAUGAGGAACAACAAGUUUGAGACGCCGCUGGACCUGGCGGCGCUCUACGGCCGUCUGGAGGUGGUCAAGCUGCUGCUCACCGCCCACCCCAACCUGCUCUGCUGCAACACCAAGAAACACACGCCGCUGCACCUGGCGUCACGCAACGGACACCUGGCCGUGGUGGAGGUGCUGCUGGCGGCCGGCAUGGACAUCAACUACGAGACGGAGAAGGGCAGCGCCCUCCAUGAAGCAGCUCUCUUCGGGAAGACUGACGUGGUGCAGAAACUUCUGCGUGCAGGGGUUAAUGUGAACAUGGUGGACAGCAAGGGCCUGACUGCGCUGGACACUGUCAGAGAAAUGCCCUCUCAGAAGAGCCGACAGAUAGCAGCUCUAAUCCUGGGCCAUAUGUCAGGAAAUCCCCCUGUUUUACACUUGCCUCCUCCCCCUGUCCCACCACCUAAUGAGAGCCCUAGCCUUGGGAAAAAAGGUGAGCUGGGGGUGGUGAGUGAGCUGAUCUCAGGGCUGGCCCCGGGGCCUGAAGAGGAGAGCCCGUAUGAGGCUCUGUUCGAGGCCACUUCCUGUCACUCUUUGGACAGUCUGACCAGUGGCAAGUCCUCCGACAGGGACUCUGGACGACCUGAUAGUGAAGCCGGAAAGAAAGACCGGCUUGCUCACCAAUCCCAGCAUGCCCCUGGCCAGGAAGAGGAGCUUAACUCAGAGGCCCUCUACACUAACAGCAGCAUCGAUGAGAGAGGGGAGGAGGAGGUGGAUCACACGUAUGAAUUGCUGCUCUCCGCCCAGACAGAAGUCCCCCAGUCCGCACAGGACCCCCCAUCACAGAAAUGUACAGAUGAGAACGCUACCUCCCAACAGUCUUCCAACAGUCUUCUACCUCAGCAGCGGAAGCCCACUGCCUCAAGUGAACUCCGACCUUCGGGCCAGAAGGGCGACACCCUGAAGCUCCCCGGACCUCCUGUGGUUGGGCCGGGACGGACUGGUGGGGAGUUACACCCUCCACAUGCUCUACCUGCUGGACGCCAGGGACCUGACAUGGGAGAUAACUCCUUGCUCGGCCAGGACCUGGUCGCAGUACCUGAAGUGUUCACAGGCCUCCUGCACGGAUCCUCGCCCGUCUUUGACUGUCGGGAGGAGUCCAUCAGCAGCCUGCCAGGUGGAGUACUGACACAGUCCAGCCAAGGCCAACAGCCGGCGCCAGCUCCAACAGCACCCGCCAAAGCAACAGAAGCUCCGCCUCCUCCAAACAAUCCAAUCGACAUGUCUGCCGUCCUGACAGACUGUGACCCCAAAGCUAUCUAUGCCACCGUGUCCAAGGGGGAGCCCAGGGACAGAGACCGGGACAUGGGGUCUGGGGCUGUGCCUGCUGGCAGGAUGCGCCCCCCUGGGGAUUUGAAGCUGGCUCGCAGCUUUUCCAAGUCGGACUCAGACCUGCUGGUGUCACCGCCUAGCGAGGAGGAGGGAGGGCUGGGCAGCCGCAGUGAGUCCGUCUCGAACUGCAGCGCAGCCAAAAAGAGGCUGGAGAAGUCACCCUCGUUCGCCUCUGAAUGGGACGAGCAGAUGCCUCCCACACGGCCUCUUCUGAGAUCUCAGUCCUUUGAAAGUAUUGAGAAGAUCAUGACGUUGAUUGGAGCAGGCAUUGAUUUCUCUAGAGACCAGCAGUACUCUACCCCAGGUGGGGCAGCUGGUCGGCUGCUGGACCAGCCCGUGGGAGACUGGCUGGAGCACGUGGGGCUGCCGCAGUACGAGAGCAAGCUGCUGCUCAACGGCUUCGACGACCUGCACUACAUGGGUAGUAAUGUGAUGGAGGAGCAGGACCUGAGGGAGAUAGGCAUCACAGACCCAGGACAUCGGAGGAAGAUCCUGCAUGCAGCUCGAUCCCUACCUAAGGUGAAGGCCCUGGGCUGUGACGGCAGCAGCUCUCUGUCCUCCUGGCUGGACCUCCUGGGCCUGCAGGAGUACCAACACAGCUUCCUGUCCAGCGGAUAUCGUAGCCUCGACUGUGUCAAGAACCUGUGGGAACUGGAGAUUGUCAACGUUCUGAAGAUCUCCCUGCUGGGACACAGGAAACGGAUCAUCGCCUCGCUGGCAGAGCAGCCUUAUGAGGAACCUCCUGUCAAGCCCCCCCGCCUGUCCCAGAUCAGGUGUCAGGACCUGGUAUCCCAGACCUCCUCUCCCAUCAGUCACAUGGACUCUUAUACGGGCCGCUCCAUGGACCCCAUCCUGCCCCUGGGGGAGCCUGGGGUGAGGAAGGGGCCCAACACCGAAUACGAUGUGGCCCCCCACCAUUCCCGCAGUGAACGACACCGAUCACAUGAGAGGUAUGAGGAGCAGCAUCGUGAGCCUCGUCUGACCCUGCGACCCCCCAGCAUGGCAGCACCCUACACCCCUGUACAGAACUGGCACCACCAGCCUGAGAAGCUCAUCUUUGAAUCCUGUGGAUAUGAAGCCAAUUACCUGGGAUCUAUGCUCAUAAAGGAGCUACGGGGGACCGAGUCCACCCAGGAUGCCUGUGCCAAAAUGAGGAGGUCAACAGAGCAGAUGAAGAAGGUCCCCACUAUCGUCCUCUCCAUCACCUAUAAAGGGGUGAAGUUCAUUGAUGCGGCCAAUAAGAACAUCAUUGCAGAACAUGAAAUCCGGAACAUCUCGUGCGCGGCCCAGGACCCAGAGGAUCUGUGCACGUUUGCCUACAUCACCAAGGACCUGCAGACCAACCACCACUACUGCCAUGUGUUCAGCACAGUGGACGUGAACCUGACCUAUGAAAUCAUCCUGACGCUGGGACAGGCAUUUGAGGUGGCCUAUCAGUUAGCUCUCCAGGCCCAGAGGACCAAACAGCACCAGGGCAUCCCAGCAGGACCCGGGGCAGAGGUCAUCGAGACCAAAUCCAGCCGGCCCGUUCCCAAACCACGGGGUGGCGUAAGGAAAUCAGGGGACUCUCCUCUCCUGCUGGACAGUCGCUCCUGCUGUUACUGUCUCACCUGCACCACCCACCGUCCCUCCUUCCUCCCACUGCACCACUCUGCCAGCCCUGUUGCCCAGGUGGACCCGUUGGAGCUGGAAGUGGACUCCCAGGGCAGCACCACGUGGCUGGUGGACCCUGUCCCCAAAGACUCCAAGAGGACCAUCAGCACUAAGUACGAGACCACCAUAUUCUGAGUGGACCCGACACAUCUCCCGCCCUCUGCCCUUUGACCCUGGGCUUGACCUUCUGACUUACUGUACCUUUCCUCCUCCUCCUCCAUCUGUGUGCCUUUCACUGUGACUCUGCCUCUUUCUCAGGAGGGCCAGAACCCUCCUGCCCUCCUCUGUCUCCACCUCUCCUCUGCCUCCACCUCCUCUCCUCUGUCUGCUGAAAGACUCAACUUCUCUCCUCCCCCUGUCUGUUAUUCAGUCUACCAUUAUGAGACCUGCCUCUUCUGUCCUUGCCUCGCCACUGCCUCUCCCCCUGACCACAACUCUGUUAGUGGGGACUAACUGAACAACCUCCUGGACUAACACCCUGAUCCCUGCUCCUUUUCAAUGUGUUAAACUGCUGACUCCUCUGGGCCCUGAAUCAUUGCUCUGUGAUCAUCGUACAGUAUGUUCCUAGGCAUUUGGUUCCCCUUGCCUCUGUGAAGCAUGAUACUCUACCUUGUCCUUCCACUUCCCUCACAUUGACACUGUUAGUUCUGCUUAAACUGUUCUACUGUAUAGUGCUGUUAUUCAGUACCCCUAGCUAUGAUGUGUGUAGGACAGCUAAUGUAAUCCACAAAUCCAGUCACUGAUUAAGUUUGUUCAGUGGCUACUAUCUCAAUUCUACCUACCUACCUCCCCACUCCUCACCAUUACUCUUUCCCUCCCCCAAAUUAUUUUGGGACAAUCCUUAAUUUUUCUAUCCAUCUAUCCCUCCUUCCUUUUUCCUUUCUCCUCUGGGUGCUUUUACUGCUCUACCAGACGACGGCCACUGUGAGGCGCUCUUGAAGAACUUUCCCCUUCCUUGUUUCCUGAACUUUAAACUCCUGCCUCCAGUGCUCAGAAACAAAUAUCCGAUUCUCUACAGCGAAGGAUCACGUACCUGGAUGAACAUUGUUUCCAGAAGAUUCAUCUGUGAGAGACUCCCUGUUCCAUUGUUGUGGUUCUAUGCACAUUAGUAGGAACAUUGCCUGUUUCUCUGCAAGGGGAUGGAAGACAACUCUGGACUAAACCCUAACCCCCUAAGCCCAUUUGGGUUAACAGAGGGAAGUGCAUGUUGAUGCGUAUCCUGUCUGAUUUAUUAUCGCUCUUUGUAUCGGUUGCCUAAACUUAAUCUGAGUCUGGGAAACUGUCACUCUGUGUUAUGCUGCCAAAGUAGGCUAGGGUCCAGCACUGUGAUAGGAGAUCUCUACUGGUAGCUAUUGGAGGAUAGAUAGGACACAGAGGUUCAAACAUAUUAUGGUGUCCUACAGAGAUGUCCUCACUGUUAUAGACAGCAGUGUGGGAAAUCAAUCUGAGCAUGCCUUGCUCUUUGACUGAGAAUUUGAUAUCUAGUGCAAUCCUUAUUUGGAGUGUCAUGAAAACUUUGUGAAUGCUUGGAUGCUGGGGAAAUAUGUGCAUCAAAGAUGAUAUGAGAAGAACUUAAAUGGACUGUUUAUUCAAUAGAGUAUGAGCCAAAAUGCAUGAAUUCUGCUCUAGCCACCAGUAAUAGACUUGGGUGACGGUUUCAGUCUAAUUACCCAGCCUAGCCGGUAGAUCCGUCAAUAUAGGGCUGAUCGGUUAUAUUAACCUUAAUGAGGAGGAGAGCUCAUCAAAUCUCUCACUGGAGAGGAGUGGUUAGGUGAAAUGCGUCAAAAGAAUAAACUGCUGUACCAUCCAUCUUUCCUAAUCCAAGCGCGUCUUAAUGGACUGAAAGAUGAAGGCAUAACUUUGUCAAGGCACAUAUUCUGUUUAGUUGGCAUCUAGUCCAUCCACUGUGGUGAAACAGAGGCUGAUGUAUACAGAUUAAAUGUACAGCAUUACAUAAUGUUGCUAUACUUUAGGCAUGGUGCAUUCAGUGUUCUCAUUUGAAAUCGUAUCACUCUUUGCAUCGAUCUACAUUUCUAACUCAUCGCCAUAUUCCAAAUAGUGCCAAGAUGCAAUCAACCCAAUGUCUGUUGAAAGUAAACCGGGAAAUAGGAGACUUUCCUUUUUUCCCUUUCAUUUUCCUUCUUUCUUUUUCACUACUCAUACAGUUUCUCCUUUAUGUUCAUCAUGUUGUCAUUAAUGACUGUCUGUUUUACUAUUCACCCUGCCUCAGUCGAUAUUCAGUGCUAACAUGGAAGCGGAAUUGAAUCAUUAUCUAGAAAAAUCUGUUAUCUUGAUAUCUACGCCAUUUUGUUUUCAGUUGGCUCAGUUAUGUUUUUACAUUAUUUUAACCCCAGUGCUGUGUUGGUGUGUGUCUCCCUUCC